AUGCCCAGCUUCUUUCAGUUCACGCAGGGCACCGAGUCGCACGUCCGACCCAACGACUCGGCCCCUCUCCUAGGCCGCUUCCGCGCUGUUCCUCCGCGUCCUGGCGUGGUAUCUCGAAGGCGUAGUCAACUUGGCCUCUUCUCGAAUACGGCAGACAACAGAGGCAGCGUGCAUAUACUUGGAUACGGUGCUUUUCCUGCAGAUGACGACGAUACGGACAGUGAUUAUGACCUCGAGGAUGACAGGAGUUUAUGGCAGCGUCUUUGGCAACGAUGGGUGUUAGAUAUUUGGGUUGACCCAAGACAGUCGGCGGUGAAGAGGGUCGUUGAUAAGUGGUGGAGUCGAAUUCCCGACGACCAUAUCGGUGAUGGGGACGAGGAUAGACUCUCCGACGGAUCUAAGACGCCUGGUCACGGAGCUGCCCGAGUCCAGGUCAACUUUUGGUUCUUUCUAUUCGUCUACUAUGGUUUCUACAACCUGACUGCUCUUAUCUGGAUCACGAAGGUGUUCAACCUUUACAGCCUCAACUGGUGGCCCCAAUCUCUGGGAUUCCCGCUGACCGUCUCACUUAUCGCCAUCUUGUCCAUUGCCGUCCCCAUACCCAUGUAUUACAGUGAUAGGGCGCGUUAUUUGCUCGUCCACAACACAGCAUGGAUUUCAUGGACCUUCAUCAUCAUGGCCUUGCCUGUCACAAUCGCCUUUAUCAUUCUCACGACUAACGAGCGGCACAUCGGGCUUCGUCACUCGCUAUCAGAAACUCAACGCAUCUUUACCACAUCCUGGUGGACCGGAGAGCCAGACACGUUCAACGGUAGGGACCGUCGGCGCCGCAACGUCACGGCUGAUCUAUUCGAUGCAGAUGCAACUCAAGUUGAACCCGAGUUGAGGCCACAGGGCGUUAGGAUGCGCCGGCUGUGGUUGCCAGCAAGCUUUGUGCGAUUCUUAUGGUUCUGCGUUGCUCUGUUUAUUGGCCUCAUGGCAUACGUGAUCGGAGAGGCAUAUGCAGAGAUUUACCUCCGAACCUUGCCACACAAUAACUUGGAGACAGUAGUAUACGUCUAUGGCUGGGUUGCAACGGUGCACCUGCUGGAUGCGUUGAGCGGCUGGGUGCUCGGAAUCCGAGAGGGUGAGCGUGUUGGAAGCUAUCCUCUGAGCUGGAUCUUUAAACUAUACUUCAUGUUAACCUACCAGAUGUACGUUCGUGCGCUAUAUGCACGACUGCGCUCACCACAGCAAUUCAUAACCCUUCAGAUCUUGUCAUCAACAGGUCUGGUUGUCAUCACACCCAUUAUGAUGACCUCCUUCGUGCACAAGCUCUUGACAAUUCUUGGGCUGAACUCACAAAGCUUUGGUUCAUACCAGAAGCUCCAGACCCGAAAUGUCUUCAUCCGCUUUCUUGCGGAAAACGUCUCAAUGGUCGCAUUCCUUGGAAGCAUUCUAGUACUGCAUUUCGGAGCCAACAAAGACGUCUACCCAUAUUUUGCAUUCGAUACGGAGGGAGAGGACUACAACUUUGGCCUCACCUUCUACGCCUCAUCGGUAACGUGGGCGUGUGAGUUGGUGGCGAGUCUUGCCGUGCGGGGACUCAUCCGACUAUGCUUCCAAAUUGAUGUCGGCUUGGAGGGGAAGCUGGACUUGGCUGUCUGGCCAGAGUUGAUGCCAACCUGUGUGGCAGUCAUGCUGCACGUGCUGCAGAACAUGCUAUUUUCCAUCAUCCGACUACAGUUUCAGUGA